CGUUCUCGAACCUCUCGAAACGAUGCGUACACGACGAAGACCGGUGCUACAGGACAAGACCCCGGUCAACACACCUCAGAAGCCUCGCGCACCCGCUAAACCACGGCUUGUACCCAUUGUUGAAAUCAAGACGAGAUUGCGUCGCACCGGCAAGGUCAAACAAGCAGACAACGAGCAUGAAGCAGCUGUGGACGCUGGGGACAUUGGAGAACACGCCCCCGAGCCCGAGGAGGUUCCUGUGGCUGCAUCGAAGCCUCGUUCGCCGGAACCAAGAGAACGCACGCGUCCAAGCGCGACAGCUAAGGGCGCAAGAGGGAAGGGAGCUGGAGCUCGCCGUGGGGAUGAUGCUGGCCGCCAGCCGGUCUCUCAGAAAGAAGGCGCUGCGAGACUAGCGGAUGGCGACCACACUGGCAAGCGUAAACGGACGAACGCUCAGGAACCCGUGGCUACGAAUGCAGGGGCCACUGCAGGCGCUGUCCCCAAGCCUGCAAAGAUUCGCAAGACUGUAGCUGCAACAGCAGAAGCGCUUGAACCGCAACAGAAGCUUGCUACACGUUCCAAGCUUACACGGGGACGGAAGAACGAAGAUGUCGGUAUCACCCAGCCGACUACUCGUCCAGCGGAUAUACAGAGCCCAACAGCUACAAGACGUCACGUCGAACCUACUGGCCCUUCGCAGAAGGGUAAAGCAAGGGCAAAUGACGACCCAACGGCGGCCCCCGCUGCAAAGGAUACUCACGCAUUCGACCACGGCGGCGGUAAUAGGGCACCACUACGGCAUAUUUCGCCAGCCCCCUCUCCUACCGCAGGUCGGAAGGUCCUGCCAGUUCGCCGACGAGAGCCUCUCCAGCCAACCUCCGUACCCUCACCCCAACGAGCUAGCACACCAGAUACCAUCCCGAUCGCCGAUGACGAUAGCUCCCAGUCCGACGCAAUCAAGGCUAUAUUUGACACACCUUCCCCCGCGCGCAUCAUCCGUGCGCCGAUCCCGGCCCAGUCCACACCCAUGGGCGGUCGUCUGGAGAAGAAGUUUUCCCCUCUCCCUCCUCUGAACGUCCGUGGGCGCCAUCAGAGCAGCAUACGACGAUGGAAUCACGGGGUCUCACGAGCAUAUUCUCCUCUACCGCCUUCAUCCCCUCCGCCUCCGACGCCUCCAACACAAGAGCCAGUUGCAGGAAGCUCUCGUCUCCAACCACCGAGUCAACCUCAGCCUGAGGAGGACAACGACUAUGAUAUGGAGAAUGAACCCGCUCGCGGGCCGACUUAUGUCCGGAAGGAGCGUUUGAGCGACGACGAUCCGUUCGGUAUCCUCGCAGCGGAGAAGAAGCUCAAGGCCCUACGUGCACGCCGCGCCGCCAUGAUUGAAUUGUCGCGAGCACCUGGCGUGGUUCGCGCACCGCUCGGCACGUUGGCUUUAGACGAGGUGCGGUCUUCGGACGUCCGUAUUCCUGAGCACCUCCCGACACCCUUGCCGUCUGAUGAUGAUCACAACAUCGACGACCUGUACCUGGACGUCGACCCUCGGCCUGCACGCAUGGUGCUCGACGAAGAGUAUGAUGACGAGGAGGAUGAGGAUAAGGAGAACAUCCCCACGGCGGACUACGACCUGAACGAAGACAAGGAGAACCUUCAGCCUCCCCGCCUCUUUAGCAAGAACGAUAAUGAAAGCGAACCCCCCUCUCUUGACCUCUCCCUCGAUGGCAACUCGGACGCAGAGAACGGUCCGCUACCGCCGCUCGGGGAGGCCUGCGACCUUCCCAUCGCCCCCCUACUCGCCGCGUCGGCGAAGAAGGGCCUCACUACUCUUUUCGAGCCAUCCUCAUCGUCUGCAAGCCCUACGCACGCCUUGCGCACGCCCCACAAGCAUCGCAACGCCCACCAGCGCUCCCCUCUCCCGACCCCUAAUUUCUCCGACACGCCGCUCACCGCGAGGUCUACCGACCGGCGCGACUCGUCGCCCUCACCUGUCAAGCCCUCCGUCGCGAGGGCCGGGCCAUCUGUGGUCCGGAAGCCCCUGGCACCCAUCGAGAUCGAGGUCGAUGACGCCCUGGCAGAUUCGGAGGAGCCCCCAAAGGUCGCAGGCAAGAAACGCACGCGCGCACAGGCGGCAGUGCUGAGCGGGAGCGACUCAGACCCACGCGCGGCCGUGCGCCGACUGGAGAGCCUUCUCCCGAAGCGUUCCAAGACCCGUGUGGCGGUGACGGCGCGUGGUGCGGCUCCGAGCAGAGGGCGCGGUCGCGGUCGCGGCGUGGCGGCGAAGGGAAAGGGACGAGCCGCUCCCGUGGAGAGUACGUCGGAAGGGGAUGUAGAGAGCGAUGCGGAGGAGAGCGACACGUCGCCACCCAAGGCGAAGAAGGCGAAGACGACGCGUGGUACAGGACGCGCACGCGGAACGAGCAGGGGCCGCCCGCGCGGUCGCGCCGCUGCACCCGUGAGUACGAGAGGUCGUUCCGUCGCGCCUGCGAGCACGAGGGGCCGCUCCGCUGCUCCUGUGAGCGCGAGCGGUCGCCCAGCGAGCAAGCGCGGGCGGUCGACGUCGAAGGGGAAAGGCAAGGAGCGUGCAGAGGAGAUCGACCCCGAAGAGGAUGAGGAGCGUGCGCGCAAGCGCGAGGAGCGCCUCGAAUACUUCCGGCAGCUGCAGGAGUACAGCAUCGAGAAGGAGGACGUCUACGUGAUCUGAUCUGCCCUGUCGUGUCUUGUUUGUUUUCGCGCUCUUUUUGAUUGCUCUCCCGCUCUUAUCCCGUAUGUGCAGCGCGUAUCGCGGACGCUACGAUCCACUUUCCUUCAGUCCCAUACGUUGUAGUUUAUGUGUACGAAUGGCGAAUGCUCUGGUGUUCCAGAGCUCAGUACUGCAGUAGUGGCGAUUGAUUAUGCCCAUGUGUAUCGUUAUAGUUAUGUUUUACGCCCUA